AUGAAUACGUCGACGUUAGUCGAGACGGUGAAUAUCAAUCUGGAAGACUUCUCGGAGACGUUCUUAACUUGCUCCACAUGUCUCUACACAUAUGAUCAGGGGAUUAGAAAACCAAAACUUCUGCCGUGUUCCCAUUCUGUAUGUCUAUCAUGUUUGGAGCAGCUGGCAGCGCUACCUCAGAACGAUGCACUCUCACUUCGUUGUCCAAUGUGUCGUGAGGUUUGCGUUCUGCCAGCCGGUGGUGUUAGCGGAUUGCCGGCCGCGUUCCUCAUCAACCAACUUUUGGAUGUGAUGCAGAAACAACGUAAGGACGUCGUUCCGUCAUGUACAAUUCAUCCAACCGAACAAUUACUGUACUGCGAAUGUUGUGAUUUAGUGUUCUGUCAACAAUGUCAAGCCUCUGUUGUUAAUAAAAAAUGCACUCAACACACUGUGAUACCAUUUUCAAUCGCUCUUAAACGUAUGUCGGAAAUUGUUGUCUAUCGAGCGAAGGGACGACUUCGCGCUCUUGAUCAAGCUCAUGAAUGUGUUAGUCAAGAGAUCGAUCAACUUGAUAAAAAUGUCGAUAAAAUCUUAGACCAAAUCAACACCACGUUCCAGGAAGUGUCGAACACGGUCGAGAACCGUCGACGUGAUCUAAUCGAAAGCGUACGAGUUCGACGAGACGAAAAACGAAAAGUCCUCAAAGAUCAGAUCGAAGCGAUCAGCGACGAGAAGAAAAAACUCGCUAAGGAGCUGGAGUCGUGCCAGCUGGAUGUGCGUUCUAUGGCACGCCAACUGAAGGCGAUGGAUAGCGGAUGGGAACGUCAACUCACACAACCACGCGAGAACGCGUUUCUCAAGCUGAACACGAACUCUAAUCAGCUGAUCUGCGAUGUGCAACGAUGUCUCGGUGAUUUUGGAUCGUUGGCUGCAUCGACCACGUUCCCUGGAGAGACGGUUGUAGAACUUAUUGACACAGCUUCUACUUAUAUUGAAGUGAAACUUAUUGUGAGGACCUUUGAUGUAGACUGUAAACCUCGAAAUUCCGGCGGAGAUCCUUUGGACGUACGCCUCCGCUUGGAUGAAACAUCUUUGCCUAUAUCUAUUAACGAUCUCAAUGAUGGCACUUAUGAACUUUCUUUUCGGGUACAAAAUCCUGGUGACUACGUGGUUGAUGUCGAUAUAUUUGGUCGUCCAAUUAAGAAUAGCCCAUUUCCUGUUUCGGUUUCGUCACACCACCCACCGAAGUGGCAGUUACCGGUUGAACUACAUCAACCUGUGAAAGUUGCAAUGAACGGUGAUUAUGUGCUGUAUGUGCUGGAUACCGGCAAUGAAAGAGUGCGUGUGGUCAAGGAAACAGGCGAAGUAAUCAGCGACCUGAAACCUCCAUGUCUGAGCGGAGGAACUGCUGUAGGAAUGGCUCUGUUAUCUGGUGGUGAUAUGGCUAUUCUGAACUGGAGGACGAAAAGUAUUACCCGUUUGGGACCCAAAGGCGAUGAAAUUCAGAGCAUCAACUUCUCCGAAUUCAAUGAACCAAUAGAUUUGGCGGCUGAUCACAGAGGAAGAUAUUUGAUUGCAGAUGCGCAAAAGAUCUUCGUGUUUGACUCGAAUAUGCGACCACAAUUCAGUUUCCCUACUCGUGGUCACACUGUCACAUCAGUCAACGUUGGACUAGAUGAUGAUAUUCUUGUCGGGACAACUCAUGGAUUACUUUUAUUUGAUGGGGCAGGAAGAUUUUUAAGAGAGAUCCCCAUUGCUCCUGAAGAACACAAGGGCCGUAUUAUGGUUUCUACUUGCGCUGUGUGUCGUGAAAGUGGUCUUGUUAUUGCUGGUGUAGUCGACGCAAAGACUAACAAAGCUCAGUUAGCGAUUUCUCGGUACAAAGGAGCAUUCGUGUUCUACAUCGACUCACACGGUGCUCGUCUGAGACGACCAUGCGGGAUCUGUGUAGGAUCGGGCACACGCGCUGGACAAUGCCUUAUUGUUGACCACGCUUCGAACUCAAUGCGCUCCCUUAUUGUCCUUGCCCUUGUGGCCGUUGCUGCCUUUACUCUCCCUCAAUCUCAAGCAUCAUUGGAUUGUCUGAUGUGUGAGAUGGGUGUGAAAACAGUUGUACCGAUGCUUGACCAGGAUACAAAAGAUAUUGAAAAUGCAGUAAACAAGGAAUGCCAUAAUCUAUUGAAAGAUAUUCCAUUCGCCACGAAGAAAUGCCAAAAGUUUGUCGACGAAGACCUCAACAAAAUCAUCAAAGAGCUCGAAUCUGGAACUGCUCCAGCAGAUGUGUGCAAAAAAAUUGGAAUGUGCUAA